AUGUCGAAGGAAACGAUGAUAAUCUUUGUUUACGACCUAACUAAGAAGGUGGAAAACGAUGACCCAACGGGUUCUAUUAUUUACUUUCACCCUAUGUGGGUGUCGGAACUGCAGAAAAAGUCGCUCUGCGGCCAACUUAUGGGAUCCACAUAUUUCCUUAGCGAAACGCUGUCGAAGGUUCGGUUUAUUUCCCUACAAAACGGCAAAUUUGCUCUACGCCCACAUGGGCGAUUCAUGCUGGCUGUUGGAUCCGACCGCAACAUUGCCGAGUCCAUUCUUGAGUAUCGCGCCAGUCUGUUGUCCUCGUUGAUUGAAUUAUAUCAUGGUGAUUUCAACACGCUCUACAACGUUUACGUGGAAAAGGAGCAGAAAACGGGAUUUAAUGAAAAGGUGUUCUGUUUAAUGGAGUCCACUUUACCAUUGCUGCAAUUUAAUGGCAACAUUUUGCAGAAUAUGCCCUUGCUCCGGUUACCUAAGUGCGCAAGCAAUGUCUACUUGGAGUCCAAUCAAAUUCUUCAGAGUUUCCUGCAAAAUAAAGGAGUCUUGGGCGGGUCCAUAUUUUACCACAACAAGGUACUGGCUUCACAGUUGCCGACAAACUUGACGAAAUUGUUCGUGUAUUCCGAUCCUUAUCGCAUGAAGCUAGCCGAAUUGAUAGCAGUCACAUUCCAUGUGCCAAACGGUGUUAGCCUCAUCAGUGCGUAUAUAGCGAAGCGUGACUAUUCGCAAAUGCUGGAAGCAACGAAAAACAUUCCAAUAUAUUUCAACCACAGCGCCACGUCCGCACCGUCGACCGGAACAGUGCCAUUUGCCAUUAAGAAGAAGCUAAUCCCAUCGAAAGAACUCGGUGGCACCGUUGCCGGCUUUCCGAUGCUCAAGUCCGACAAAUCGAUUAUCUUUUCAAAUAUUCCAGAAGAAGAUACGGUCGGUGCAGAGGGUGGAAUCUGUGAGCAGAUCCAAAAGAAAACGUUCAACACCGUGUCAAGGCCAACAUUUCUGCCACUAAAAUUUAAAAAUCUCACAUCACGAGACAUCAUCGACUCAGGAGUAAAUUCCAUCAACUUUGAUGAAUCCGACAGUUUCCCUAAUUUUAUCGGCAAAACCAGCGUUUGUUCAACGCCACUGACUGAGAAUAAGAUCGUGCCAAAUAGAAACAUAAUGUCGAUAUGUGUCACACAGGAUAUACAAGAACCGUCUGCACCACCGGAAGAUGAAAGUGUCAGCAAUACGGAUGCCCUGGAAGAUAAUGAUCUACCAGCAUCGAAGGAAGCAAAUGCCAGUAUUUUAAAAUGUUUCAACGCCAGAAAGUACAGUAUCCUCAAUAAUCCUUUCAUGAUGCCUAAAAAUAUUCGUUGCGCAUCGAUGUCGAAUUUAACUGAAAAAGAAAAUGACGAAACGGAAGAGUAUUCACCAGGCAAAGGAAACAGGGUGGAGAGAGAAUUGAAAAAUAAGUAUCAACAUUUGUUUCCUAAGGAAUGCGAUUCCCUGAAAACUAUCAGUGAUCCGCUCUAUCCCAUUGUGGAUCAGCGUAAAAGAGCGAUGUCAUACAGUUUGUUCCAAGAUUUCGAACGAACUCGCAGUGAACGGAUAGCCGAACUAGUCGAACAGGAAGUGAAGCAAGAAACCAAAGGCAAAGAUAAAUCCAAUAAGGAUACACAAUCAAACUCAUCCGCAACAGAUGUUCGAACAUCGGCGACCAACACGGUAGAAUAUAAAACGCGGAGCAUGGAUCGAUCAUCAGAACAGACAGAUGCUAAUAAGCCAGCUUCGACACCUAAAGAUCGUCGUGGUCUCAGCUUGCCUAUAAAAUCAUUCAAUCUGAAUGACGAUCCUCUUCCCGCGCGAUCGACUAGCAAUGGCGGAACAAACGUUGGUCAGGAGCUGUUCACACGACGUAAGAGCACGUUGGAACUAACACCACUCAUGACCAAACUAACCGUACUGGCAAUGAAUGACACCGAAUCGAGUGGCGUAUCCAGCUGGGAUACUACACCGGGAUGCAGUUAUAACAUGGCAAUUUCACCGCAAGAGUACAUUCCGCAGAGGCGGAAAUCACAAGACAUAUCACAAUCAGUGGCCCCGUCGAUCGGUUUACCCUCAGGUGAUGAGAAGACUCUAGUCAAGGUGGAUCUGUUCGUUUGCGUACAGCAAAACAUGACGUUGAUUCUAGUCAUGCAGGAGAAAAACUGUAAAAAUCAACGCCUAGUGCAAACACUAUUUGAAUCGUGUGUAUCGAAAUUUCUAAGGAUUGAAAACGACAUUCAACUUGCAAUGAAUAUUAACGUCGAUGGUUUUGAUAAGACGGACGGCUACAGCCUAAUUGCGCUCGACUCUGAUUGGGAUGUGGCCAAGAAAAAUGGACCAUGGAACGCACUGGAGUUGCAAACUGCGGAAUCUUUGCACACCCACUUCAGAAAGUGCAACCUAGUGACGGAAGUUACGCUGAAGUCGCAGGAAACAGUUCUGUAUGGGUAUCAAUGUGGAAUGCGGGAGCUAUUUUACACGCAGGUUGCGAACGCGCAAGGUGGAUUACCUCCACCGCAAGACGUGAUGGGUGCCGUUCCGCUGUGUGCCAAGCGCCGCAUCGAGCGCGAUCAUGUUGCGUUGUUACUUUAA